UCGACAACUAAUCCGACAAAAAACGCUCACGAUAAUUUUGCAGCAGUUGACCUCCGCCUUCGUCCUCUCUUUCACAAAAUCUCGUCAGACCAUUUCGCUGCUGCUCUCCUCCGCCGCGGCAGCCGCUUACCAUGGCGGUCUCCGACGAUCCCGGUCACGGCUUAGGCGACGUAAUCAUUGACUCCGCAGCACAAGAGCCCUAUCCUCACCGUGGGCCCCAUUUUCCCGUAGCCGUGAAACAGCGCGCGUACCGCUUUGACGGCCUUGGAAACUAUUUCAUCAAGGACUGGGAUCUCAGCGAUGGCACCGGCGACGAAUUCCAUUGGUACCACAUCGAGCUGCCUAAAGGAAACCACCAGCUCGCCCAAGCCGCCGAAUACCUAAUCGAAGUCCUCUGCCCGCCAUUCCGUCUCCACGACAUUCUAACCCUCGUCAGCAACGGCCCCUUUGUCGGUCACGUCGAUGGUGCGCUCGUUUUCCGAGUCAACUCGCCUGGCCCGGCGGCAAGUGAUUUCACACUCCGACUCGCGGCAAGAGUGACAGAGAGAUCCGUAAUCACUGUUUCGUUGGGGAGGGUUCCGAGACUUGAGUUCUCUCCGGCGGGGAGGUCCCUUUUAUCCGAGAUUCCGAGCGUUGAAGAGCAGAAGCAUGGCACCGAGGCUGUUGUAAUACCGGAGCAUGUUUUGGAAUUCUUGUUGACGAUGAACCACUCAGAGGAAGGGGAUAAUCCGGUUCCGAAAAGGGUGUCGAAUCUUCUCGUGCAUAUAAUUGAUACACACGUGGAUCAUAUUCAGGAUAUUGUGACCAAGUUGGAAAUGGAAUUGGAUACUGUCGAACUUGAUUCGGAUAAAGGUGGUUCUAUGUUUAAGAGGAAAAUGCUGGAUGAUAGGAAAUUUCCCAAAAUGCAUCUCAUUUUGCAGCGGCUUCUACAGGUGGUUUCUCAUUGUGAGCAAGUGUUCCCACGAGUAAAGGAGAAAUGUGCAUCCAAAACUUGGUUUGCAAGUGAAGAUAUCGUCACUCUGGAAGAACUAAUCGCUCGACUGAGAAGAAUAAAAGAGAAUUUAGGUUUUUUAGUAAAUCGAGUGAUGGCUAUUCAGGCUGGUUUAGAUAGCUGGCAAUCUGAGCAAAUUAAUAAGAAGCUAUAUUAUCUUUCUUUCCUGUCUAUGAUCUUCCUUCCUUUAUCCGUAGUCACAGGAGUGUUUGGCAUGAAUGUCGGAGGGCUUCCAUGGACAGGACAAAAGGGCCCAGGCAUAGAUAAUGGAUUCCUGAAUGUUCUGAUUAUCUGUGCGGUGCUGCUGCUGCUGGUUCUUCUGCUCUUGUUCACGUUUCCUUCUCUCAUCGACCGGUUUAAUGGUUGGAGAGGCCAAUUGUUGAAUAAGACCAGAAGUUUUGGUAGAAGAUCCUCUUUGAUAAGAUCGAUUGAUAAAUAUCAACGCAUUUGAAAGAUCAUAUUGGGUGUUAAGGUAAGAUAUGAUUCUGCUUUGAAAAGCUGUUUUUCAUGAAGAUCAUGUAUUGUUUGACUAGUCUAGUGGAUUAAUUAUUCUGUGCGGAUGUUGAACGCCGUCCAGAGAUUAAUCAGAAUACAUCACGUCACUCUUUCACUGUGUACCACGGCUUGGUACUGCUCAGUACCGCUGCUGACAUGGCUGCACCUGAUUUACCUCCGAACAGAGCUACGUCCAACCUCCCCACAGAAUAAUUUCUCGGUCUAGUGGGCUUCAUUAAAGAGAGAAAAUUAUAGAAGGAAUUCCUUUCUUUUGUGCAAUUAUUGUCCAUGACGCAUCAAAAUUCGUGUUAAUGGUACGAUGAAUUGAUCAUUCAUUCCCCUUGCGUUAGGAACUCUCUUCAAUUUUUUUGGUAUUCUUUGAUGUGGACUUCAAUUCUUUGUAAAGAUUUAAAUUUAUGUAUAGUGAUACAAAGCUGAGAUUGAACUA